UACCAUUUUUCAUAACAUCAUCAUAACACCAUUUUAGCAGAGAUCAUCAACACUUUUUGCUUUAUGUUCAUGCUUCAGAGACAUGAGACAUCUCUUCCCGAAAUCUUGAAUAUUAUAAAACUAUGCACUCUCCUACCUGAGCCAUUUCACACAGCCACAGUUUAACAACAGAUACAACUUUUUGAUUAAUUCUGUUCAUUUACAAAAACAGCUUUGUGUGACUAAAAAUACUGCACAACAACAAACACUGAUGUAAAACAACAAGGAAUACUUAUGAAGAUAAUGACAAAAGGACCUGCCCCUACAGCUUGUUAUUCUGCCCUGAUAGGUGAUGUACAAGAAUAAACAUUGUCAUAAGUCAAUAAAAUGGGUGAUGUAGUGAUGGAACAGAACUCAUUAAAGGGAUGAACAAGAGCAGAGUCAUGAGGGUAUUUUUAGACAACAAGUUUCACUUGCCAAUGUUGUAUUUCUGCUUUUCCUCUGCUGUGUCCUCCUCUCUUUAUUCCUCCUCUUGUCAGUUACAGAAACAGUUCCAUCAAAAUGGGAUGCACAAAACUGGAGAUGUGAUUCUAGGUGGACUUUUUACAGUCAACUUGUUUUCUGCUGAUCCUGACCUGGCUCUUACCUCAGAGCCACAGCUGCCUACCUGUUACAGUUUUGAUGUUGUAGGAUUCAGACAGGCUCAGACCAUGGCCUUUGCUAUUGAAGAGAUCAACAGAAACUCCAACCUGCUGCCUAAUGUGACUCUGGGAUACAGUCUGUAUGAUAACUGCCUUCAAUUAGGUAUUGCUGCAUCACUGUCCUUAGUCAGUGGUCAAGAGGAGCAAAUUACAUUAGAGGAGAGAUGUAGAGGAACACCAUCUGUCCUCGGAAUUGUGGGUGAUUCUUCCUCCACACGUUCUAUAGCAAUAUCUUCAUUGUUAGGUUUGUACAGAGUGCCUCUGGUGAGUUAUUUUGCCACAUGUUCCUGCCUGAGUGACAGACAAAAGUAUCCGUCUUUCUUUAGGACGAUCCCGAGUGAUGCUUUUCAGGUGAAUGCUAUGAUUCAGAUUCUAAAACACUUUGGUUGGACUUGGGCAGGUCUGAUCAUCAGUGAUGAUGAUUAUGGAGUCCACGCUGCCCGAUCCUUUCACUCUGAUCUGGGUCCAGCUGGUGGAGGUUGUCUGGCUUACACAGAGAUUUUGCCCUGGGGUGACGACCCUGCUGAACUAAGGAGAAUAGUGGAUGUGAUGAGGAAAUCUACAGCUCGAGUGGUGAUUGUGUUUGCACAUAAGAGUCGCACAAUUAACCUCAUGAAAGAGGUGGUGAGACAGAAUGUGACAGGCCUACAGUGGAUGGCCAGUGAAGCCUGGACAUUAGCUGAUGUGCUCCAGACGCCCCACUUCAUGCCAUUCCUGGGUGGAACACUGGGCAUCGCCAUCCGUCGAGGAGAAAUACCAGGACUCAGGGACUACCUGUUAAAAACACGUCCUGACUUACAUCACGACAACACAGCUGGAAACAGCAUGGUGAGAGUGACUCGGUUUUGGGAACACACAUUUCAGUGUAGAUUUGCACCACCUCCAGCAGGUUGGGUGGAAGCUGGAGGAGAAUUAUGCACUGGACAGGAAGUUCUAGAGAAUGUGGAGACUGAGUUCUUGGAUGUUUCAAACCUCAGGCCAGAGUAUAAUGUGUAUAAGGCUGUGUACGCUCUGGCCUAUGCUCUUGAUGAAAUGCUGCAGUGUGAGCCAGGGAGAGGACCUUUCAGCAACAACACCUGUGCUCAUUUACAAAGACUGGAGCCAUGGCAGCUUGUGCAUUACUUGGAAAAGGUAAACUUCACAACAUUUGGUGAUCAAGUGUCGUUUGAUGAGAAUGGUGAUACCCUACCAAUAUAUGACAUAAUAAACUGGGUGUGGCUCCCUGAUGGAAGAACUAAAGUUCAAAAUGUGGGUGAGGUUAAGAGGUCAGCCUUCAAAGGUGAAGAACUCACACUAGAUGAAGACAAAGUCUUCUGGAACUUUGAAUCCAAACAGCCUCCUCGGUCAGUGUGCAGUGAGAGCUGUCCUCCAGGUACCCGCAUGGCCAGAAAGAAGGGGAAACCUGAGUGUUGUUUUGACUGUGUCUCUUGUUCUGAGGGAAAGAUCAGCAACACAACUGACUCUAUGGAAUGCACCAGUUGUCCAGAAGAUUUCUGGUCCAGCCCCCAGCAUGACCACUGUGUUCCUAAGAAAACAGAGUUCCUCUCCUAUCAUGAGCCUCUGGGUAUCUGCUUGACAACCACCUCACUGUUGGGCACAUUUAUCUGUGUUGUUGUUCUGGGCAUCUUCAUCCAUCAUCACAAAACACCUAUAGUUCGUGCCAACAAUUCAGAACUCAGUUUUCUUCUCUUGGUGUCACUCAAAUUGUGUUUCUUGUGUUCGUUGCUCUUCAUUGGACGACCCAGAUUAUGGACUUGCCAACUAAGACAUGCAGCAUUUGGCAUCAGCUUUGUGCUUUGUGUCUCAUGUAUCCUGGUGAAAACCAUGGUGGUUCUGGCUGUGUUCAGGGCCUCCAAACCAGGAGGUGAGUCCAAUCUGAAGUGGUUUGGUGCUAUGCAGCAGAGAGGGACAGUUCUGCUUCUAACCUCUAUUCAAGCAGCAAUCUGCAUUGCCUGGCUUGUCUCUGCUUCACCAAUGCCUCAUAAAAACACCCAGUAUCACAAUGACAAGAUAGUUUAUGAGUGUGCAGUUGGGUCCACAGUUGGUUUUGCAGUUUUACUUGGUUAUAUUGGUUUACUGGCUGUCCUGAGUUUUUUGUUAGCUUUUCUAGCAAGGAAUCUUCCAGACAGUUUCAAUGAGGCCAAACUCAUCACUUUCAGCAUGCUGAUCUUCUGUGCAGUGUGGGUGGCCUUUGUCCCUGCUUAUAUCAACUCACCAGGCAAAUAUGCAGAUGCAGUGGAGGUAUUUGCCAUCCUGGCCUCCAGUUUUGGCCUGUUGGUGGCGCUGUUUGGUCCUAAAUGUUACAUGAUGCUAUUGAGACCAGAGAGAAACACAAAGAAAGCCAUCAUGGGUCGAGGUACCACAAUGUAAAACUGUGAACACUGCUGUUUCUCUAUAUAUCGUCUGUAUUUUAGACUAUACGGUCACAAUACAGGCAAUAAAGACUUUGAUAAAAAAAAAAAACUCAAAUUAUUGUAUUUUAUUUUUCUCUAACUGCUCAUUUCCCCAAUGUUGGGAGAUAAUGUAAUUUUACAUUAAACUAGUUCUAGUAGUACCAAAGGUAUCUUUUCUUAUUUUGAUUUAAUUAAUUUAAUGAUUUCUGACAACUGCAUUAACCACAUAUAUUUAAAACAUAUCAAUAACAUAAAUACAAUCCCAAGUACAAAUAGAUUUAUAGGAAGCCAUUUAAAAGGCAGUGUGGGCUUUUUGUUUUAACUGUUUAAGGCUUGCUGUAACCAUAUACACAGGGCUGGGCUCUAGCCAUUUUAGUGCACUCGGUAAGAUUUUUGAUUUGGUGCUCCACCCCCACCACAGCACAAUCUGGUCAGAUUCCCAGGGACAACAAUUAAUGAUAUGUUUCCCAUCCUGUUUUUGGAAAUGUGUAGUGUGAUUGUACCUUGUUGGCCUGAUGUUGUUUCCUUCCCCUUCCAUGACAAAGCCGAUGUGACUGUGUUCAUAAGAAAACAGAGUUCCUCUCCUACCAUGAUCUUUUGGGUAACUGCUUGAUAACCACCUCACUGUUGGGCACAUUCAUAUGUGUUCUUGUUCUGGGCAUCU